CCUCUAACACAAACCAACAUGACAUCCUUUGUACCCAUCGACCACUUCACCAAAACUACACUCACAGCUAUUCCCCCUGAUGAGAAACCAAACUACAACAGUCUCAAAAUCAUCCACCAAGAGCUAAAUGCCAAUGCAAUGACAAUCCCAUCCGCCCUCGGAGGAGGACAUUAUGGACACCUCGCAUUGGUGCUACAACCCAUCACCUACAACGACCUACCAAAUACCAUCCCUUGGGAAAACCCAGAACAUCCAGGUCCAGCCCCAGAUCACGGGAAGCAACUACUGGAAGCAGUUCCAGAUACAUUCACCAAAGCAUUGAAAAAUGAACUCUACGGAUAUGCCCAAGUCACCGUUAGCGCCCUCCUAGAACACCUCGACACCAAGUAUGGCAAAGUAGAUGCCGACGACCUAGUCGAUAACAUCAAGAGAAUGGAUGCAAAUUGGAGCCCCGAUCAACCCAUUGAAGAUCUCUUCAAUCAAGUCAAGGACGCUCAGAAGUUUCAGCCGACCAUGAUCCUAUUACAGAUAAAAUGGCAGUACGCGCAGCCAUCGCAAACCUAA